AUGAAGACGUUGGCCCUGUUUCUAGCAUGCUGUGCCUUACUUGAGGCAACGGUUCUUGAAGUUCCGUUGAAAAAAAUUGAAUCUAGACGCUCUCAGCUUCUGAAAGCGGGCAAGUUUGAAGAGGUUCUUAACAGGGGACGCACUUCGAAACUCGUCACUGGCUCCCAGCCUGGUUAUGACUACUUUGAUACUGAAUACAUUGGAAAUAUCUUCAUUGGAACCCCACCUCAAGAGUUCUGGGUCAUAUUGGAUACUGGGUCUUCUGAUCUGUGGAUUCCCGAUAAUAGCUGCGGAGGUAUUCCUGGUUGCGAUGAUUACUGUAGCAAGCUUACUGCCACUAACUGUCCAGUUUUCUGUACCGAUCCAAAGUGCUGUCCUCAAUCAAACGGAAACGGAACUCUUCCUUCUCAACUGAAUAAAGACCCAUGUGAUUACAAGAACCGGUUCAAUCAUGCUGCUUCUUCAUCUUAUGCUUAUGAUGGUACACGAUUCUCAAUUUCGUAUGGUACCGGUCAGGCCAGCGGUUUCUUGGGAAUAGACAAUAUCUGCCUAGGAGACGUGAAAGGUAUUUGCAACAAACAAAAAUUCGGACAAGCUGAAGAAAUUGCUUCCUUCUUCCAAAACCAACCUAUGGAUGGUAUAUUUGGUAUGGCUUGGCCAUCGCUUUCUGUAACUCUUACCCCACCUUUGCUAUUCCAAGUAAUGUACAAUUUGAAUGCCCCUAUUUUCACCGUGUGGCUUGACGAAAAUGGAGGAGGCACCAACACAACUGCAGGAUUAUUCACUUAUGGAAGUACUGAUGAUAAGAAUUGCUUAACAAACAUUACAUUUGUUGAUGUUUCUCACCAAGCAUAUUGGCAAUACGCUAUUCAAGGAGUGAGCGUUGGAAGCUACCAAAAACGCCAAUCUUAUCAAGUUAUCUCUGACACUGGUACUUCUUUCCUUGGUGUACCACAGGAAGUUUUCCAAGGCAUUGGAAACUCCCUGAACGCUACAUUGGACGAUUGGACUGGAGAGUACUAUGUUGCUUGCGGACAAGCCUACCCAGAUAUUGUUUUCACAAUCGAUGGAAAUCAAUACGCUAUUUCAUACAAGCACUACGUGGUUCCGAUGAAUGGCCGAUGCAUCGUUGCAAUGUUCUCAAUGAACGGUGGUGGAUUUGGACCUUCUUUCAUCCUCGGAGAUCCAUUCUUGAGAGCUUAUUGUCACGUCUUCGAUAUGGGUACAUCUAGAGUAGGACUUAGUAAGGCACUCCAUAAGAACUCAUAA